UCUGCUUAACAGCGUUUGGUUGAUCAGGGCUUCCGGUGUCAGUUACGUAGGUCAGGGUGGUAGAAGUCUACUAGAGUGAAAAGUGCAUUUGCAAUUUCAGAUGCAGUUUAAUUUUUCUGAUUGCGUGACGUUCAUUUAACACGAUUAAUAUUUAACAAGCUAAUAAAUAAAUACAAAAAUAAAACAGCAUGGGAGAUGCCGACUUGGAUUACAACAUUGUGUUUCCCGAACCUCAUCUCGCUGAAAGCCACUGGCAUGGGCAGAAGGAACCGGUGGUGAUUCUCUUGGGCUGGGCUGGCUGUAAGGACAAGCAUCUAGCCAAAUACAGUUCGAUUUAUAAUGAGCAGGGAUGUAUCACCAUUCGAUACACCGCCCCAUGGAAGGCAGUGUUCUUCUCUGAGGCUUUUGGCAGCAAGGAGCUGCUUGAAAUAGCUCGGAAGCUGCUGGAUCUUCUCUAUGAUUAUGAAGUGGAGAGCAACCCUAUAUUGUUCCACAUGUUCAGCAACGGGGGCUUCAUGCUGUACCGUUAUAUAAUUGAGCACUUACAAAGAGAGGAACAGCUCCGUGCCUUGGGGGUGGUAGGCACGAUCUUGGACAGCGCACCAGGGAACCAGAAUGUGAUCGGUUCAGUACGGGCGCUUAAUGCCACUUUGGGACCAGAGACUCACACUGUGCUGCGAUACCCAAUCCUAGCGGUUUUUACCUGCAUGGUCUUUCUGUUACGGGUGUUGCUUUACUCCUUGACCAAGUAUAUCCACAAAAAUCACUAUGAUGCCAUGCUUGAUGACCCCACUAGCUGGCCACAGCUGUACCUGUAUUCCAGAGCUGACAAAGUGAUUGCCCACAGGGAUGUGGAGCUGAUGGUCAGAGCUAGAAAGCAGCGGGGGGUGCGGGUGGAAAGUGUGGACUUCAUCAACUCCGACCACGUCAGCCACAACCGGCUGUUCCCGGAGGAAUACUCUGUCAGGUGUGUUACUUUCUUGGAGUAUUGCCUGAAAAACUCUACUGGGAUAAAGAGGAAGCAUGUUUCUAUGUAGUAAAAUAAAUGAAUAAAUAAAAGUGUGUUUUAAAAAAACAACUUUAUUGCAAUAUGACUUUAAUAAAGAAGUGAAUGCUGCUGCAACAAAUGAAAGACAAUGAUAGGGCAACCAUAUCAUUUAUGUGCAAGAAAUAAUUAUUUAUUGUGUGGCUUUGAGCAUUGUUGAGUCUUUUCUAACAAGGCAAACUUAUAACCUUGCUUGUCUGUGUUGGUCUGUACUUGGUAAUGUGCAUCUGGAAGGGACUUGUUCCAAGGUGAAUGCUUCAAACAAGCCUGCUUCUGCUAAGUGUUUUGAACGCCUCCAGUUUUGUGCUUUGUGCAUUUACAACCCUACCAAAGAAACAAUAAAACACAACAUGCAAUUUGUCUCACCUGACUAAUACUGAUUAAUACUUAUUAAAUUCAGUAUCAUUUUAUUUUUUUUAACUUUACUAACGUUUUUUUUAUGUUUUUAACUGAUUAACCAAAGGCAUUAUGAACAAACUAGAAACUUACACAAUUAAAAUAAUUGAAUAAUUUAUUUUGAGCGUGUGCAUUUUUGGUGUGAGAAUGUAAUACCUAAGUAAAUGUAGAUGCUGUGUACAACAAAUGUGUCAUAACACACAUAAAUAAACAAAAUACUCAAUA